AUGGCAUCCACCAACAAGUGUUCUGGCAACACCACGAUGUACCCAGGCGAACAGGGAGGAAGAACUUGCUGUUAUGUCUCAGAUGAGCUGAAAGGGGAGAUAUCACGAGGGAGAAACCCUAACUUUUCUAUGACUAGGCAAAUGCAACCACAACUAAUUCAAAGCCUGCAUGAACUGAGAAGAGGGCAUGCAAAGAAUGUGCCCUUCACAGAGCCAGUGAUACCACACACUAUCAAUUUCGAAAGCUCAGACAGCCCAAAUGCUAAACAACGCUCCUCUGAAACCAAGGAGUCCCAGGACAACAAUAUCAGCCAACUGCUGGGUAUCACUAUAGCAGCCAUCAAAGUCACACAAGACUUCGUACCUAUCAACUUGGCGAAAGGUAUACUCGGAACAGUCGCCAAUAUCCUGAUGAUCGUGCAGUCGGUGAUCAAGAACAAGUCCGAUUUCCUGGCGAUAGUUAAAAAAUGCAAGAUCAUCAGAGAAAUCCUCGAAAGAGUGACCAAAGACAUUACCAGUGACAAUCUACCAGGAUACUUGGCCCAUGCUUUAUUGGAGCUUAACUUAUCAGUUAACAAUAUCAAUAAUGAGGUAGUUUCAAGGAAGGAAAAAGGAUUGUUGAAGAGGUUCUUCUCUGCUACAAUUGAUCGCGACCAGAUCGCUAGUUGGGAAAAGGAUAUAGACCAUGUCCUCGUGCUCUUUAAUACUGAAGCGAUCGCUGGCAUUGCCAUGAGGGUGGAAAGAUUCGCUUUAGGACUCGACGGUAAUACAAUUGGUGUCAAUGUUCUAAAGUAUCACCCAACUGAGCCUCCAUCACGACCUUCCAUGUUUUAUGGCCGCGAUGAUCUCGUGGCAGAGUUGACGACCCUCGUUGUCAGUGAUGAACAUAUCGCAUUGAUCGGCCCAGGGGGCAUGGGAAAGAGUUCUCUUGCCAAAGCCAUCCUUCACGAACCACUUACCAUCGAAAAAUUUGCUGAUCGGUGCUUCUUCGUGACUUACGAUGGCCUGGAUCCUUCGACUAUCACAUUCGAAACUUUUAUGGCUCGUUUCGCAGGAGCCCUGGGCAUAGAGAUCGCCGGCAUUGAUACUUUGCGCCCGAUAUCUACCUUUCUUCAUUCCUCUAGUGCACUUGUUGUCCUCGAUAAUGCUGAGACCUUUGAAGAGGCCAGUGCAUCAUCGGCGCUUGGGAAAAUACCAUCAGUCAUUGCUGAAAUCGCAUGCAUCCCUGGUACCGUCCUGAUUCUCACAUCGCGUAGUAGAAGGAGUGCACCGAAUGUACCAUGGAUUACCAAGGAUAUUCCACCUUUGGAUUCGAGCUCUGCUCAGGAGGCAUUCUUUCGAAUUUACUGCCAGGCUGAUCAUGAAAAUGCGGAGGGAGGAAUAACAAACCUACUUCAGGACUUGGAACUCCACCCGCUUUCUAUCAAUCUACUUGCAAAUGCUGCGCAGCAAAACGGUUGGUCACCGGUCAUGCUGCUGGAGAGAUGGAAGGACCGGCACAGUGCCGUACUAGACCAUGGCGAGGGAAAGCUGCAAAGCUUGUCAUACACCAUGCAGCUGUCACUCAACUCACCGUCAAUCCAGAAACUCGGAGAGGAGGUUCGGCAUACUUUGGCUGUCAUCGCCUUCUUACCCCAGGACGGCUUCGUCAAAAUGCUAGCACCCAUUCAACAUUAUGUGCGAGAUUCGUUGCCACCACCUGACUCCACAUGUUUGCGAGGGAUACACACCUUCUACUAUUGCACCGUCCAACGGUGUUCGGAAGAACGAGAUGGUCAUGCUGAUAUCAUUACCUCAGAUCACCUCAACAUCGAGCAUGUUAUUGCUUUCGGCCUCGCCCACAUCCCUGAAGUGACUUAUCCCGCUUGCUGGACAUUUUUGCAGUGCUUGAAGUGCCAUUUUCCUCGCUCAACUUCCCUUACUCCUGCAAUUUUCAACAUUGUCGAGAACUCCUCCGCGCGAACGUCCAAAGCACACUGCCUGUGGAAUCUCGGCUGGCUCUACAUGACUCUUUCUCAGCACACAGAAUCCAUGAAGGCCUUCAAAGCUGCUGGGGCACUCUGUAUUGCCACCGGCAAGCACGAAAUGGCGGCCCAAUGUGUUAUCGCAUGUGCAUGUGCAGACAUAUACAGAUGUCAAGGCCGCGUCCUUCAAUCCCAACAGGUUUUGGAGGGCUUUCAACCCUCCGAGUCGUGGGAGUAUCUCAGUGAACCAACGAAAGCCAAGGUUUGGUUUUUUUUAGAUACAGCCCGGAUGUACACAUCCGCAUCUGCAGACGAAUUAUUUGUGAAGUCUUCGGAAGAUCAUAUGUGGGGCUUGCGGUUCAAGUUGUGGCACUGGCGGGCCAAAUUUUACUACGGGGAAGACAUUGCCCAGGUGAACACACACUUAGAAGACCUUCUCCUGCAAUGCACAAGUACUGGAGAUUUUGUCCGCAGAGACGCACUCGAGGGACUUGCAGAGGUAGCAUUUUGCGAAGGCAGGUUAUCCAAAGCCAUGGAUAUCUUGCAGACAAUCGUAGAGAGCGAGGGUCAACUCCCACAUGAUAUCCCCGCCAUCUUAAAGGCCCUUGUUGCAAGCAAGCAGGGGGAUCAUGCCCUUGCAAGGGAGCUCAUCAACCCAGCCCCGGGACUACUCCAAUUCUUUGUGCUGCGCACUGCAUUUGUAUUUCUCGUCAGAUCUUAUGGCUCGGCUUGCAUCGAGCUCACUGCAGGUGCAUACGACAGGGCCGAAUAUCAUUUCAUUGCCACCAUUGAAGGUUGCGAUAUCCAAGGUCAUCUCAAUUUCAAGGCAUACAGUAAACGGGGACUAGGGGAGAUUGCCUUUGUGCAUGGUGACUUCGCCUUGGCUUUGCGAUGCUUCAUGGAAACAUGGUCUUUGUGCACGGAGAUGGGAGUGUCUACGCGACAUUUGUACAAUUACGAGCCACUCUAUGUUUUGCCAGACAGAUUUAGAGGAUGGACAUUAUUUUUGGAGGGUCGGUCGCCAUUUGCGAACAUCAUAUAGAUCGUAUACAUGUAACAACUUGCCAUUGUAUCUCCGACGAUUAUACGAGUAGUUUCAUCACGAU